UGGUGAUGGACAGGGAGGCCUGGUGUGCUGUGAUUCAUGGGGUCGCAAAGAGUCGGACUCGACUGAGUGACUGAACUGAACUGAACUGUGUGAGAGAGAGAGAGGCAUGUGGAUGACUGUGGGUGAUGGUCUUCCCAGAGAUAGAGGAAGCAAGUGAAAAAACCAGGUUAGAGGCAGACAUUAGUUUUGGACAAAGUGGGCACAAGCCUAAGUGGGAGCCGCAGACAGCUCCUCCUGUGGGAGGACAUCCAAAAGGGAAAGAGCAGAAAACAGGCUCUGUCUGGGCUCCACAGAGAACUCCAUCUGCAGUGGAUCCUGGUAUUUUCAAUCAAAGGCAGGGAUCAUUAGCUUCAGUUUACAGAUAAAGCUCUGUGAGGUUAAGCAGUUUGACUAUAGCUACACAGCCAUCAAGCAAGGACUUGAACUGAGAUCUUCAGAUUUCAAGUUCCGUGGUGUCCAUGACCUCCAAGUCUUGUGCUGAUUCCCCUGGCCCAGGGUGCCCUGGUUUCUGCAAGGGGAGGGGUGCGGGGCAGGAAGAAGCAGGUGUCCGAGUAUGUUUCUGUCUUCUCGCCGUGUGCCUUCUGCUUGAAAUUGCAUUCGCCCGGAACUUGCAGGCAGGGGCGUUUCUAGGUGGUUUGGAGAUAUUGAGCGAUGAGGGGAGAGAGAUUCUUGUCUCUUGGUAACCACCAACCCUCAACCAUCACACGAUAAGCAUGUUGGUGGUUGUCAACAUGUGAGGAUUUCAACGACCAUGAAGUCGGUUCGGACUAGGCCCAGAGAGGCUGAUGCUCCUACCGCAGCCACCUCAGGGACUCAGGAACUGAGAUGCUGGGGACACCUCCUACCUCCCUCCUUGACUGCUUCUGUCUUUUCAGUAGUUUCUGCCCCAGAGUGAGCUGAGGUCAGAGAGAUUGAAGCUUUCCCUCAUGCUAAAAAAUGAGAGCUGAGUUGUGACCACCAGGACCUGGGAGCAGGCCAGAAGAUGGGGUGGUUUCCAGCUCAGUAACCUCAAGAAAAAAAUCUUAGCCCCAGUAAUCACAUCAGCAGACAAGUGUGCCUUGGCUCCCUUCUAAAUCAGGCCUUCCCUCCACUGUCUCUUUUUUAGUUGUUUUUUGGGUGUGUAUAUUUGUCUCCCUAACUAGAUGGCAAGCUCCAUAAGACCCGGACAGGGCCUGUUUUGUCUGCUUGGCAUGUUUCUAAUUCCUGACUCAUAUUUGUCAAAUAAAUGAAUGAGUGCCCCCUGAAGAUCCUACCGCUGGGCCUCACAGCAGAGGCAGCUCAUGUCUGUUUACUGAAUGUGCUCCAGUGAGCAGAAACAGUCACUUUCAAUUCUGCAAUUGAUGGUGGGGGCAGGGUGCACUAAGAGGUUCCUUCCCUCUUCCCACCCUCCAACCCCCCCAGGAAACAGAUGGUAAAAAUGCUUUAAAUAUUGCUGCUUCCCCUAGCACAUUUCUGAGCCUCUACCCUACCCCACCCCAGCGCAGCCCAGCCCAUUUUUAACUAGGGCUGAAAUGGAAUCAGCCUAGAUGGGCUCUGGUAGUCAAUUCUCCUUCCAUCUAACUCUGGGCACCACUCUGGGUGGGAUGAAAAUUCUGUAUUUAGUGAACUUUUCCCUCUUCUCUCCACAAGCUACCCAGUCCUCUUCAACUUCCAUUCAUAAUCCUUUUUUAAUACUCCAAACACCAUUUCUCAGGCUGUAACUUAGCUUAUAGCCCUUCAGUCCAAAAGCAACACAUCCCCACUGUGCACCAGGCUCUGGGCUGAUGGGGAGUGGGUGGUGGGGAAUACACAGGUGAGAGAGACAUGACCCCGCCCUCUAGGACUCACAGUUGAUUGGAGAAAGCAGACAGGCCAGUUAUCAUCUCAGUGUAGAAAGGAAGCCCCAUUUGACUGGAGAACCAGACCAGGGCUUGGGAAGAAAGUGGCUUAUGUAGUGGGCACUUGAAGGGAUUUAGGAACCCACCUCUCUGAGAAGGUGAAAGGCGCUCAAAUGGAGGAAACGCAGAAGCAAAAUCAUAGUUGGGCAUGUGUGGACAAGAACCAUGGAUGCAGAGCAUGGGGGAUAACCCACAAAGGCGGGUGGGACAUUGUUCUUGGGGGUUCUUGAAUGUCAGGUGGGGAGAUGGAUCUGAAUUCAGUGGGAAACAGGGAGACAUUGAAGGUUUAUGAGCUGUGGAGUAACAGACUCUGAGCUGUGCUUGAGAAAGAUUCAUAGGGCUGUGAGGCAGAUGCUCUAGGUAAAGGGGAGGCAGGAAGACCAGUUAAAAAGUUGUUCUCUUUGGAGAGAGGAGCACUGAUGGGCUGUGGGUGGGCAGUGGCAGUGGGCUGGAAGAAGCUGAGUCUCUUGUGUGGUGAUGGGUCUCUCUUAACUGCCCCCUCCUCCUGAUGUUGGUUUGCUUUCUUCACAUCUCCUUUUGUCUUCUGGUUUCCCCCAGUUUAUGCAAAGAAGGAAAUUCACACACAAACAACAACAAGCAGUUCCCCACUUCCUCUGUCUCCUCCAGCCUGGUUCUCUCUUGGCCAGGGCUCUCCUUCGCUGCAUCUCAGGAUCCUGGACCCCUUUGUAGGGUCUUCUUGGCUGAAGGCUCUCUCUUUGCUCCAUCCCUAUCUUCAGAUGCCCACUCUUGGGAAUCAGAAAGCUAUGUCCAAGCAGGUGGUUUGCCAGCAAAUCAUGGGAGCAGCACUGCUUUACUCCUAGGAGUUGCCCAUCACCAAGGAGCCUAGCUGGACAUCCAGCCCUCCCUAAGGGAGCUCACCUGAAGGAGGCCUAAAGGCCCACACUGAUGAAACAGCUGGAGACCUGUUGAGGGUUGGAACAUUCUCCCAGCUCAGAGAGGAUCCAUGAGCCCUCUCUGCAUCACACAGCUAGUAGGUACAGAAGGUGGAUAGCUUAGGGUUUUGCUUGUUUUGAGUGCCCCAGAGAUGGCACUUGGAGAAGCGAGAGCUGGCAUCUAGUGUGGGGCCCUGUGCUAGGUCUCCUGAUUUGCAGGGGACACUGGUCCACCCAGAGAACUCAGGGGUUUCCUCAGGGUGAGGGGGAAGAUGUAAAUUCUGGACCCCGUUUUCCUUGCACCUCCAGGGCUCUGGUAGCUCAUUGUCCCUGUAAGGUCCAUGGCGCCCUCCUGGGGCCAGAGUCCCAGGGGAUUCCCAGGCCCCUUAGGGGACAGACUCGCGGGGCUUUGGGGACCUCAUAGGCAAAGUUUGUGACAGCCUUCCCCAGGGGGCGGGGCUCCAAGCAUCUGGGCUCGACCUGGGCCCCCGAAGACCCCCCGAGUCCUAGCCCCGUCUGACUCGGGACGUGCCAUGGGACAACUGAUGGCCAAGUUGAUGAGCAUCUUCUGGGAACGGGAGCACAAGGUUAUCAUCGUGGGACUGGACAAUGCAGGGAAGACCACCAUUCUCUACCAGUUCCUGACAAAUGAGGUGGUCCAUACACGUCCCACCAUCGGUAGUAAUGUGGAGGAGAUUGUUCUGCAAAAGACCCACUUCCUCAUGUGGGACAUAGGAGGACAGGAGUCUCUGCGCUCCACCUGGAACACGUACUACUCCAACACUGAGCUUUGUCUGCUUGCUGGCAGCUUUCUGUUUGAUGCAUCGGAUGGGUUCAUCAUCCUUGUGAUUGACAGCACAGACCGGGAUCGGCUGCUGACCACUCGAGAGGAGCUGUAUAAGAUGCUGGCCCAUGAGGCUCUACGAGAUGCUUCCAUCCUCAUCUUUGCCAAUAAGCAGGACAUGAAGGACUCCAUGACCAUCAUGGAGAUCUCCCAGUUCCUCACCCUUAGUGCCAUCAAAGACCACCCGUGGCACAUACAGGGCUGCUGUGCCCUCACCGGGGAAGGGGGUCCUGGAACCCUGGAACUCCAUGGAUACAGAGAAACGACUGUACUUUGUGCCAGGCUGCCUGCCGGGCUGCAGUGGAUGCAGUCUCAGGCCACUGCCAAUUGAUGUCCCAGCCUGAGGCCAACCAGAAACUUGGAGGGUUUUGCAUGGACUAUGUGGGUACAAAACCCAAGUGACUAUUAUUUUUCUAUGACGCUGUAGUGACCAGGGGCAUCUAUGGAUGGUGAAAUUGCCAUUGUCUACCUAACCCCCCCACUGAGGAGCUAGAUGGAGCACCCUGAGUUGCUGCAAACAGGACAGCAGAAAAGCUGCCCUUCGCUCCAUGGAAGCAGGCAUCCUUCUUGGAGACACCAGGGGAUGUCUGUUGGAUGUGUUGGGGGAUCAGGAAGUGUAGCCCCCUCCCUCAGCCCUCAACCUCUCUGUAGGAAAAAUGGAGGGCCGAGUAAGAGACCCCUGUAAUUGUUCUUUAUUUCCUAGACCUCUACCCCAACCCCUUAACCCCCACUCCAGCUUUCUGGCCCCUUAGCCAUCUUUGUCCCAUACGCUUCGGUCAAAGGAGAUUCUAGAAAGGCGAAGGGGCUGGCUCAGGGGUAGCUCAGUCGUGUCCAACUCUUUGCAACCCCAUGGACUGUAGCCUACCAGGCUCCUCCCUCCAUGGGAUUCUCCAGGCAAGAGUACUGGAGUGGAUUGCCAUUUCCUUCUCCAGGGGAUCUUCCCGACAUGGGUCUCCCACAUUCCAGGCAGACACUUUAACCUCUGAGCCACCAGGGAAGGGGGGCAGAGCCAAAGCCUGAGAGGGGAGAGGGUGGAGGACCAGACCUUCCAGCCAGAGACAGGUCCUCACACUGCAGGGGGUUCCACUCCUUCCCCACCUUCUUGUUCCCUCUGAGAUGCUGGGUCUGACCACAGCUUUUGAGCUUUAAGCUACCCCUUCACUCCCAGUAUCCUUCCAGUGUGAAUCCCACUCCUCCAAUAUCCCAGAUUCCUACAGCAUUUGUUUAUCUUGUCUUUUUGUAGUGAUUUUUUUCCCACACCGUAGUAGGAAUUUUAUGAAGGUAUAAUAAAUGCCAUUGAAAACUGCU